GAGGCAGCGGCAGAGCCCGGCGGCCACCAUGGAGCUGGCGAUGGAGAACCUGGGCAGCCUGCACGGAGUCCCGCACUCGCAGCCCGCCGAGCUGCUGAGCCCCGCGCACGGGCGGCAGAGCUCGCACCGCAACCUGGUGCCGCACGGCCGGCCCGCCAUGGUCUCGGGCAUGGCCUCCAUCCUGGAGGGGGGCGACUACCGCGGCGAGCACAGCCUGGGAGCCCCGCUGCACCCCGCCAUGAGCAUGUCCUGCGAGUCGCCCUCCGGCAUGAGCCUGAGCAGCACCUACACCACGCUGACUCCCCUGCAGCACCUGCCGCCCAUCUCCACCGUGUCGGAGAAGUUCCACCACCCGCACCACCACCACCACCACCAUCACCCGCACCAGCGCCUGGCCGGCAACGUCAGCGGCAGCUUCACCCUCAUGCGCGACGAGCGGAGCUUGGCCUCCAUGGGCAACCUCUACAGCCACUACCCCAAGGACAUGCCGGCCAUGGGGCAGCCCCUAUCGCCGCUGCCCAACGGGCUGGGCAGCCUCCACAACGCCCAGCAGCCGCUGGCUCCCUACGGCCCCGCCGGCCACUUGCCCAACGAGAAGAUGCUCUCGCCCAACGGCUUCGACUCGCACGCCGCGAUGCUGUCCCGGGGCGAGGAGCACCUGGCGCGGGGGCUGGCGGCGCCCAGCUCGGCCAUGAUGCCGCCGCUCAACGGGAUGCACCCGCACGGGCACCCGCACGGGCAGCCCGGAGCGUCGCUGCUGGGAGAGCGGGAGCGCCCCGCGCCCGGCCCCGGCUCCCAGCCCGGCGGCUCCGGCCAGGUGGAGGAGAUCAACACCAAGGAGGUGGCCCAGAGGAUCACGGCCGAGCUGAAGCGGUACAGCAUCCCGCAGGCCAUCUUCGCGCAGAGGAUCUUGUGCCGCUCCCAGGGGACCCUCUCGGACCUGCUGCGGAACCCCAAGCCCUGGAGUAAGCUCAAGUCCGGCCGGGAGACUUUCCGCAGGAUGUGGAAAUGGUUGCAGGAGCCGGAAUUUCAGAGGAUGUCGGCGCUCAGACUGGCAGCCUGCAAACGCAAGGAGCAGGAGCAGCAGAAGGACCGGAGCCUGCAGCCCAAGAAGCAGCGCCUGGUCUUCACGGACCUGCAGCGCCGCACCCUGAUCGCCAUCUUCAAGGAGAACAAGCGCCCGUCCAAGGAGAUGCAGAUGACCAUCUCCCAGCAGCUGGGGCUGGAGCUCAACACCGUCAGCAACUUCUUCAUGAACGCCCGCCGGCGCUGCAUGAACCGCUGGCAGGAGGAGCCCGGCGCCAACCCCGGCGUCCCCUCGUCGUCUACAAGCACUUUCUCCAAAGCAUGAUGUCCCCCAGCCCUCCCUGCCCCUUCCUGGGUGUCCCCCUCAUGACAAAGCCAACCCCAGACUCACACGCAUGGCCUGAGCGGGGUGGGUGCUUCUGGGGUGGGUUUGGGAGCCUGCAGACCCUCAGCUGGGUGUCAGCCAUGGACGUGGGCCUGGGGCCACCUCCUGCUGCCACCUCCUGCUGCCACCUCCUGCCAGCUUGUGGAGCAGGGACAGGGUUUGUGACCAGGUCAGCUCCAUCCCCAGGUUUGGGAUGGAGGGAGGAGCAGGGCUCUGUCUGGAAGGAAGCAUCCCUGGUCCUUGGGGAUCACAGAGCAUCAUCUCCCCCUGCCCAUGGAGGUUUUUGGGGAGAGGGGCCUGUCCUGACCUCUUCACCAGCCUUGAUCUCUGUCACAGCCACCCUUGUGGCUCCCACAGGGGACGGGUAGAGGUGGGGGUGGCACAAGAAGUGGUGUCACAGGCUGGGCUCUGGUACAGCCCCACUGCACCAGGGCCAGACCUGAGGACUGAGCAGGGGAAGCUCUCCUGGCAUGCCUGGAGGGCUCCUGGGCUCUGCCAGCUCUCUGAUUGCUGGAGGGUUUCCCCUGCUCAGGUGCCGUGUGUUCCCCAAGGCAGCCAGACCCUCUGUGCCAUCACCAUGUGGCACUUCUAUCCCUUGAGGGUUUUGGAAACCUGGCUGAGGACACCCCUGUACCCCCCAUUCCCUCUAUGGGCAUCUUCCUCUGAUCCCCCCGGGCACCCCCAGGAGCACCCACACCCCAGGCCCCCCAGAGCCCCCCACCCACGAGAGUCCCCCUGUCCCAGAUCCCUCCCAGAGCAGCUCCACGGUGAAGGAGUCCCCUCCUGCCUCCACGGACCCGAGCACCCCUUUCCAGGGGACCCCCGCUGCCCCAGCAGGUCAGAGAAGCACAUUUUAGCUACAGAAAUCGGGUAUUUAAAAUAACAAUUGUUGGAGAGGAGACGGGAGGAGAGACUCGGAGCGAAGGAUCUGAUCUUUCCCGGUGACUGGCUCCACCUUUCACCUCUGGAUUUCUGGUUCACUUUUCGGCUGAGGAAUGGACACGGACCAAGCAGAUUUGUUGGCUUUGCCUCUCGCCCCAUCCACCCCUCAACACACACACUCUUGACCCCUCCCAUCCCUCCUCUUCAUCUCUGUUACCAAAGAAAUUACAAAAACCAAAAACACAACAACAACAACGACAACCAAAAAAAAAACUUUCCCUCCUGGGAACCAACGUCGGUGCACGGUGGGAAAAGAAAAAUCCGAGGGAUCUGGUGGCGAAAUCCAGCCCUGGGUGUGAGAAGGGGGAAAACUCCCCAACGAGAUUGAAAGGGAAAAAAACCCCAACCCUCCCCCCCAAAAAAAGGAAUAACAACAGAAACCACAACGAAACAAGCUCAAACAAGCUCAACAAAGACCGGCAACUUACCAAAAAAGACACCAGAUUUUUUUUUUUUUUUGUGCCAAUUAACAACCUGCCUUAAAAGCGAAUUUCUGGAGCAAUGGUACUUAGCUUCAAAGGGAUCAUUUCCUCUGAGCUCUCAAUGGUGACUUGUGCCAUAUAAAAAAGCAAUCACGAGGCCAAACCCUUACAAUCAGCCCUCUCCCAGCCCCCCAAGGGUUCCUUGCAGGAGCAAGAGGUGCCACUGGGGACAGGGAAGGGCUGGGAGAGGCUUGGGGAUGAAGAGGGAGGCAAGGUCCCCUUCUUCCCCCAUCAGUUGGGGAAAAAAAAAUCCUCCAAAACCAACCAUCAACCAAAAAAAACCAAGAAAGGGACACUCUUGAAUUUAUGCGGGUAAAAAGUACCAUCUGUGUUCUAUGGUUUCUUCGAUUCACUUUACUUUGAGAGUGAUCAGUUGUGUCACAGGAAGGCACCUUGUUGAAAAGAAGGAAAAAAAAGCAAAGAAAUGAAAAGAAAAGGGUAUGUGUUCACCAAAAAAAAAAAAACAAAACAAAAAAAAAACAAACAAGCACCCCAAAAAAAAGGAGAAAAGAAAGGACAAAAGAAUGAAGAGAGAAAGAAAACAGCCCUGCACACGAAGCCCUGAGCAGGCAGGGUCAGAGGACGUCUUGAACCAAAGAGCUCCUGGGGUAGGUGGGCGGUGGAGGGGCUGGGGGUGUCAGGCUGGACACGGUGACCCCAAACUGACCAACACUGCUGGACAGAGGGCGGGAGAGAGGGAUGGAGAGAGGGCAGAGCGGGAAGGGGCAGGUGCCACAGCGUGUUUUGCCAACCAGAACCCAAAAACCUAAUGGGAAUCUCAUCUCCCCCAGGACCCCGCUCCCCGCCACUGAUUUUUUCCCCUAAUGUUGUUUCUUCGUCUUGUCGUGACGUGGUGAUGAUGGUGGUGGAUUCCUGAACCCCAUCGAGUUGUAUUCAAGGGCUGCAAAGCCAGGAAGGGGGCCUUGGUUUGGGAAGUGAAAAACACAACAGGAAAAAAAAAAAAAAAAAAAAAAAAGGGGAAAAAAGGAAAAGAAAGAAAAAGAAAAAAAAAAGAAAAGAAAAAAAAAGAGUAAAUGCCACAGGCCCUCAAGGAUGCAAAGACAUUUCUAGUGAGAACCCGAGACUAAAGGCUACCUCACUUGAGUUUUCAAUUUUUGUGAUUUGAAAAUCACGUCUGAUACCAAAGAUUUUGUUGCCUUGUCUGGUCUGUGCUGGAAUCGUCACUUUCCCUGCUCCCCGUGGCCAGGCUGGCCCAGAGAGCCCCUGGCCACCCCCAGCCCCAGCCCCAGCCCCAGCCCUGCCCUGAGUCCCCGAGAGCGAGGGAGGAGGCGAGAGAGCAGCUCCGGGAUGGCAGCGUGGUAGAUGAGUGCCUUUUUCCUGUACCAAAGGUGUGUGGCCAUUUCUUUGCUCCUCUGCUUUGACCCCAAAACUCCGUGUGACCUUAGCUCUCCGCAGGGAAAUAAUCCCAGGGCUCUCAUAGCCUCUGGGCAUUGGGAUGAACGAAAGAAAAGCCAACCCUUGUCCUAAUUGAAGAGAAAACAUCCCCCUGGCUGAGGGAAAGGUGCUGGUUCCCCAGCAUGUCCCCACUCUCAGAUGUCCCUGUGUCCCCCAGGCUGUCCCCAGGGUCCCUCCAUGCAGCCCCUCCUGCCCCAGGAGCACAGAGUUGGUGUCCAGGGACGCUGCUCCCAGGGAAGGGCUUUGCUCCACGUCCUUCUCCAGCCUCAGUGCUGGACCCUGCAGAAGCCCAUGAGGUGACAAAGUUGAGUUUCCCCAUGAGGUGACAAAGCUGAGUUUCCUCACAAGGUGACGAAGUUGAGUUUCCUCAACUUUGGGUGUUUUUGCCUCACUUAGCUCAGAUCUGAGCUUUGCUUCGCUCUUUUGGUAGCACAGUUCAUGGCAUUUCUGUCUGGAAAGAUGAAGGCAGGAGCAGUGGAAGCCUCACCCUGAGCUUUCUCCAAACUCUUCCCUUAGGGAAGGGGUUGGACAGUGAAUCCUUCCAGCAGGAGCUGUUUCAAAGUCCCCAGAGGGGCGUUUUUGGCUCACAGACCUGUGCAGCCAGGUCUGCUCCAUUCUGCCCCUUGGCUUCAGCAGAAGGCAGCAGGACCUGCUGGAGCUCCCCAGCAAUCUCCAGAAUGCCCAGUUUAGGGCAAACUCGGGUUGAGUUGUACCUGCCUGGGUCAGGCUCCGGCCAAGGUGACUUCUUUGAGUUGGACCAAACUUGCCCAGGGCCACUCCUGGUGUGAUUCUUGGGGUUGUCCUGUGCGGGACCAGGAGCUGGACUUGGUGACCCUUGGGGUGGGUUCCUUCCAAUCCAAGAUAUUCCAGGAUUCCAACGCCCCUGGUGAGAGCAACUCCAUGGGAAUUCCCAUCCUGCUGGGCAGACUGAGAGGGCCCUGUCACCUCCCUGUCACCUCCCUGUCCCAUCCCUGUCCCCCCUGCCCACCUCCACACUAUUGCCUUGGCCAGGGCUUGCCCGCCCUCCUGGCCACGCCACCCUCCUUGUCCCCAGUCCCCACCUGGCUUGUGAUACCAAAGACGUUCUCUAUGCAGGAGAAAGCCUUCAUUGCCACCCAGCACAGACCUUACAAGCCUUUGACAAUGUUCUCUGAAAUACCUCAAAAUAUUUAAUGUAUAGUUUAUGUGAUAAAAAAAAAAAAUUACUUAGCUAGUUUUUGGAAUUUGUGACUUGAAGCUUUAUACUGUUAAAUUAUAAUUUUGCAGAAGACGGCAUGUUCUUAUUUCUUUGAUGCGUUCAAUGGGAGACAUAUUGAAUGUUAAGGAAAUGAAAGCUGGAUAGUUUCACGAUUUAAAAAAAAAAAGAGAGAGAAAGAGAGAGAGAGAGAAAGAGAGAGAGAAAGAUUAAAAAAAGGACCCUUGGAGUUUACAGAUUUCAUAUUUAAACAAGUCCUUUUAAAAAAAAAAAGAAAAAAAAAGAAAAACUAAUAAUGAUGACGAUACCUUUGCGUUCAGAUGUGUUACUUUUCUCUGAGUCAUGUCGUAUGAGAGUAUUUAUUAUAUGUGUUCUGUGUUCAAAUGUAAUUUAAAGAAGACAAAAAAAAGAAAAAAAAAAGACAAGAUGAGAAUUUGAUUUAUGCAUGAAAAAAAUAUACUCUUUCUUGAAGUAAUGUAAUAAUUAUUGGGGAGGGGUGGUCGGGUGGGAGCGGGAGGGGACAAACUGUGCUUUUUUUGUCCACGAGUUUUUGGUUGAUGAAGAUUUCUCUGCAUGGAUCAUGGUUCUGUUCCAGCUCACAACUACGGGAAAGUCGUCAUUUACCCCCUCAGUUUCUUCCUUCACCUCUUUUGUUCCUUUCCUCACCCUGAAAAUCCCUUGGCAGCCACAGGGGGAGGCGGGGGCUGCUUGGCAGGGCAGGGCAGGGGGCAGAGCCUGGCCCCGUGCCCAGCAAACAGGGUAAGGGAAUCUGGGACACGGGACCCUGCCGUGCCCACCCGUCCCUCCUGCCUCCCCCUGAGGUCUGGCUCCUCGCUCUGCUUUGUUUUCUGUUUGUUUGGGGGGGAUAUUGUGGGGUUUGGGUUUGGUUUUGUUUGCUUUUCCAGCUCUGUGGGUCAAAUCCCAAGUGCAGCCAAGAGGAGGAGAGACAAUCAGCUGCCACCACGACCUGAGCUGGCAAAGCCAUGGGGCUCCUCGUGUCCUCUGAGAUAAGGGAAACAGCCCUGGGCACCCCAAAACCCCCUCAGGGGAGAACUCUCCAGGUGAUGCUCCCAAAUCCCCAUCCUUGGAACAACCUCACAGCCCUGUCCCUGCACAGAAAGAGGUGCUGGAGAUGCAUCAAGGCCCAGCUGGACCACGCAUGGGCUGGGAUGACCCAUUUCUGGAGUCUUUGUCCUCAGGAAUGUGGUUUGGGUCAGAGGCACAGCCAGCACUCUGUCCCUGCCACCAGCCUGGCUCUCACUCUGUGCAGGCACUGCCCUGGUGGAAGAAGAAGAGUCCAGGCAGUGGAAGAGCCCCUGGAGGAUCCCAACCCACCAGAUGACCUCAGGCCACUUUGGAAUAGCUUUGGAGCUUUCUGAUAUGCCCAGAGUCCACCCCUGAGUGGCUCCUUCCUCCUCUGCUCCUCCUCCUCUCCCUGCUUACAGAGAAGCCACAUCUUUGGGGGCCAGGAGGGUGAUGGGGACCUGGAGGAGGCAGUGGUGCCAUUCCCAGAGCAUUUCCCUGAAAGUGCUGCUUCCUGAGCCCUUCCCAACCUCUUCACCAUUCAAGGUGGACCCAAAGCUCAGUUCACCAUGAGGAAAGAGAUCUCAGCUCCUUCAGGCCCCACCAAAGUGGCCCCCAAAAGCCAAGGAAGGUGUUUUUCAGUCUGCAGCUUUUGUCUGGUGCCAGCACCGAGAUGCUCAGCACCAGGUGCUGGUGAAGACCCACAGACCAAGGACCCGGCUUUAAGGAGGAGAUGAUGUUGGUUCCACCCAUCUGUUGCCAACCCUUCUGCCCUCUGGAGAGCCCAGCAUCCCCACCACGCCCCAUUUCCUCCUCCAAGACCUUUUCCACCAGGAGAAGCUUGAAGGCCAAGACCACAAUUACAACUGCAAGAAGGUUUGGACACAGCCCCAGUCACAAAUCCUUGGAGCUUACAGAGAGCAGCUGGAUUCCAUCCUGGGAGUGAUGGCUUGGGAGACCCUGGAGAAGCCAAGCUCUGAGCCCUGUUCCCCAUCCUUUGGCCCACCAGGACUCUGGCUCAGCUGAGCCCACCCUGGACCUGGCCCUACCUGCUGCCCACACCACCAAAAUGCCUUCAGGAGCAACUUGCCACGAUACCAAAGAUUUUUUUUCCCCUGCAGGUAAUGACAAUCCGAGCUCUGUCCUAAAGACAAUUCUCUUGACCAGGGUUGCACCCAAAGGGCAUUUUUGUGCUGUGGGGAGCAGGAGUGAAAGCGUGGCCCUGGGAACACCUCCAAGGGUGAUGGAGGACAGUGAGGAAGAGGAGGAGACCUGGGAUCUCCCACUGGAACCUACUGGUUCAUCCUGGCCAGUGUCUCCUGCUUGAACUGUGGAAGUUUUCAGGGAUUUGGGUCAUUCCAUGACCUGUGAUGCCCCCAGUUCUUCCUGGAGUGGAAGUUUUCCAAUGAUGGAUUUAUACUCUGAAACCCCAGUGCCAGCAGUGGGGCAGCACUGUCCCCAUCCUGCCAGGAAAGCAGGAGGCCCCUGGGGUCAGUUCUAAACAUUUUUACCCCACCAGAGCCAAGCUGUCCCUGCUCUAACAUCAGCUGGGAAGGCAGGACAUCAGCACAGAGUGAGAGAAAUGGCUUUGCCAAAAAUUCACCGUUCACCCUUUUGGCUGAACAUCCCAAGUCUGGGUGGGGGACACUUGGAGCUCCUCUCGACCUCACCCCGGGGUUGUCACUGCCCUGUCUGCCUGUCCCUGUCACCACCACGUGUCCCCAGCACAGAGCUGGCUCCUUUCCCUUGUCUCAGAGGACACCCAGCCAUGGGGCUGGACUGCAGGAGCUGCCACAAGGAACCCACUUCCUCUCACGUCUUUGGCAUCUUUAAAGAGAGGAAAUUAAAAAUGCAAAGAACUAAAUUUGGGGUUGUGUUGGUUUGGUUUCUUUGUAUUUUUGCCCUUUGAUUUCUAAAGGAAACAAAGGAGUCAGACAGAAUCCAGCCUGGUCAGAGAGAACUCACAGUCUCGGCUCUGCCAGCCCAGCCUCCUCCAGAAAACAUUGCUCAUUUUUCUGUAUAGCAAUAGGUGAGGCUUGUCCUCAUCCCAUGCAGUCUGAGGGCCCCAUCUCUGAGUUUUUAAAUUACUUUUUCCUUCUAAUUUAAUUAAUUGAAAUUUUUUUUUGCUGCUGCUUCAUUGUUACUCUCAUGGGAUAAGUUUUGUUCUACAGCGAAAUGCAAUUGUUACUCCUCUGUGUCUUGCAACUAUAUUUGUUUAAGCUAUUUACAAACAUUAAAAAAGAAAAAAAAUAAAAUAAAAAAGAGUCUUAUGUGUCAGGCACUUUAUCCAAACUGUGCUGUGUGCUCUGGAGUUUGUUCCUUGUUCUUUGCAAUGACUCACGCAGGGGAAGUUAUCA